AUGAGUGUGUUCAAGAUCUGGCGUGUGCUGUGUGCGCUCAGCUACGUGGGUGCAUCCUUGAGUGCGAAUCCGGUUGAGUAUGAAGGGAACUACUCAGACGACUGUGACAACGAUAUCUCUCAGGAUCAGCAGGAGGGGGAGUCUCCAACUACACCAUGCCAGGCUGCAGAUGUCUCUCGCUGGGACAAGCUUUUCAUCGCUCUGGAGGAUUCCCACAUGAGGCAGAACAUGCUGUUAGAAUCUCUGGAGCAAUGCUGUGGAGGAAUGGGCUCUCUCAGGACACAGAUGGACAAACUGGUGAGGGGGACAUGCCAGCAGUGUCUACCCAGCAUGGAGUCGGCGUGCCAAAGGCAAACAGAGCAGGCAAGUGUCAGGCUGCAGCAGGGCUUGGUGGAGUUUAGGGGAGAGGCAGCAGAGAGGGAGAGGAGGUUAAACUCUACCCUGCAGAUGCUCCUUCACAACAAUCAUGAGGUGAAUGCCCGGCUGAAGAGACUGGAGGAAGGUAGCGUUUACAGAGUGGCACCAUCUGCAGCGGCAGACAGCUUUCUCGGGAUGAGACACCAACCAACACCAAGACCUGGAGGUUUGCGGAUAGCUUUUGGCAUGGGGAUGAAGCCAUUCCCAUCUGGCCUGAAGGAGCAGGAAGUGACAUCACCACUGGACAUGGCCACAAUUGAAAGGGCCCUGGUUGCUAUGGCAACAGAGCUUCAGAAGGUACACCUGCAGCUGAGCAGUGUGAUAGAGCAGGCAGGGAUUCCGAGGAAGGACAGAGGAGACACAUGA